UUCAAAUUUCAAAUGCAAAUUUCUUUGAUGGGUUCUCUCCCUUUUUUCUGUACGAAAGUUCAAUUUCUCACUGUUUGAAUCGCUGUUUCGGAGCCUAUGUUUUUUAUGGGUUCAACGAAGGCGAGUUUGUCUUGAUUUUUCAUUGCAGUUUUAGGCGAGUUUGAGUUUGAAAUUUGUGUACUUUCAUCAAAAUGAGAGAGGAAAAUCAAAAUCAAACCAAAACGGUGAAGUUUGCUGAUCAAAAUCAAGCUCCAAAUAAGCCUCAGAGUGGGAAAAAUGGAGGUGUUAAUCAUUCAAAACCUCGGUCUUCAUGGGGGUCAAACAUAGUCAAAGGCUUCACAGCUGAUAAAAAAACCAAAUUGCAAAACACCAUUGUUGUGAGCAAGAAGCUUCCUUUAUCAAACUCAGAUAUCGCCGGCGAAAAGGGCUCGAUUGUUUCAUCGCAUUCGCGGGUAAAAAGAUCGCUAAUUGGAGACUUAUCUUGCUCGGUGAACCCAGCUCAAAUUCAUCCACACUCAUACCAAACUCACAGGAGGCAAUCUUCAGGGUCAAAGGAUUUGUUUCUUGAGUUGGAUAGUCUGAGGAAUUUGCUUCAAGAGUCUAAAGAGAGGGAGUUUAAGUUACAAGCCGAGUUGUCAGAACUGAAAAGGAGUCCAAAGAUAUUGGAGAUUGAGAGAGAGCUAGAAGUGAAGAAAAGUGAGGCUGAUGAUCUUGUUAGGAGAGUGGGGUUGUUGGAAGAAGAGAAGACUAAUUUAGCCGAGCAAUUGAGUUUGGUUGUAGAGAAAAAUGAGGGUGAGGGUUUGAUGGUGGGAUCGUGUUCAAAGAAUUUGGAGAUGGAAGUGGUUGAGUUGAGGAGAUUGAAUAAAGAGUUGCAGAUGCAAAAGAGAAAUCUUGCUUGCAAACUCUCUUCCAUGGAGUCUCAAUUGACCUCUCUUGCUAAAGCUUCCGAGAGUGACAUUGUCACGAAGAUCAAGGCAGAGGCAUCUCUGCUAAGACACACAAAUCAAGACUUGUGUAAACAAGUUGAAGGUCUACAGAUGAGUAGGUUAAAUGAGGUUGAAGAGCUUGCAUACCUUAGGUGGGUUAAUUCAUGUUUAAGGGAUGAGUUACGCAAUUCGGGUUCAACCGAGAAAGCAUCUAGCCCCGAUUCAGCUGAGAGUGUGUGUGAAAUUGUUGGUUUUCAGCCUUCCCAAAACAAUGAAUGCUUAGAAUAUAGUGUUGGCAAGAGACUAAAUUUGAUUAAAAAGUUGAAGAAAUGGCCUAAUUGUGGUGAGGAUGCGCCAAGCUUAGAAUGCCCUGAUAAUCUUUUAGAUAAAACUUGGGUCCAAUUAGAAGAAGAGAGAAGUCCUAGAAGAAGGCACUCUAUAAGUGGAUCAAAAUGCAGUGUAGAAGAGUUGACUCUAAGAAAGAGAAGGCAAUCUGAUGGAUUUAUCUCUGCAAAAGAUAUGGAAAAGGAAGAAGAGCCACUGGCUUCUCACAAAUAUGAAAACUGCCUGGAAGUGAAUAAUAUUAAUAGGAUGGCAAGCACUUUCGAUGUUGAGAAAAGAGCUUUGCGCAUACCAAAUCCCCCUCCACGGCCUUCUUGUUCUAUAUCCAGUGGGCCUAAAGAGGAUGAUUCAGCUCAAAUUCCACUACCUCCACCGCCUCCGCCUUUGCCUCCUCCUCCACCUCCUCCAAAGUUCUCAGUGAGGAGUACUACUGGGGUGGUGCAGAGAGCCCCACAAGUAGUUGAGUUUUACCAUUCACUUAUGAAGAGGGAUUCGAGAAAAGAUUCUUCAAAUGGAGGCAUCUCUGAGGCCCCAGAUGUUGCAAAUGUUCGCAGCAGCAUGAUUGGUGAGAUUGAGAACCGGUCCUCACAUUUGCUCGCAAUAAAGGCUGACGUUGCUACACAAGGAGAAUUUGUGAAGUCAUUGAUAAGGGAGGUGAAUAAUGCAGUUUAUCAGAACAUUGAAGAUGUUGUGGCAUUUGUGAAGUGGCUUGAUGAUGAACUUUGCUUUCUUGUGGAUGAAAGGGCAGUUCUAAAGCACUUUGAUUGGCCAGAGAAGAAAGCUGACACAUUGCGUGAAGCGGCAUUCGGGUACAGAGAUCUCAAGAAGUUGGAGACUGAAGUGUGUUAUUACAAGGAUGAUGCCAGAGUGCCUUGUGACAUAGCACUGAAGAAAAUGGUAGCCUUGUCUGAGAAGAUGGAACGAACCGUUUACAACCUUUUCCGGACCAGAGAAUUCCUUAUGCGCAAUUGCAAGGAGUUCAAAAUUCCUACAGAUUGGAUGCUUGACAAUGGAAUCAUUAGCAAGAUAAAAUUUGGCUCAGUCAAGUUGGCUAAGAAGUAUAUGAAGAGGGUUGCUAUGGAACUUCAGUCAAAGGCUGGAUUGGAAAAGGAUCCUGCAAUGGACUAUAUGCUUCUUCAAGGAGUGAGAUUUGCUUUCAGAAUUCAUCAGUUUGCAGGAGGAUUUGAUGCAGAAACAAUGCAUGCAUUUGAGGAACUUCGCAAUAUUGCUCACCAUUUUAACAAAAAGUAAAUAGAGAGAUGGAGGAUGAAAAUUUUUUUGGCUUACCAUCUCAAUAAGCUUUACAUAUACAAUAUCAGUUUGGCUACUAAUGCAAAGGAGUAUUGUUAUCAAUACCGAUUUUUUGUAACAUGAAAUGUCACAUCAGUGAUAUUAAACGAUAGUUUGAUUUGUAAAUGUUAUAAGCGUAACAUUCUGAUGAUGUGACGUUUCCGAACAAAUCUAGAGUUGUAAAUAGGUUUGAAAGAUUGCAAUCUGGAUUUGUUGG